UGCACCGGCUCGUCUGGGCGAACCGGCACCGCGAACUGGAGGCCGCGCUGCACAGCCGCCAGCACGACAUUGAACAGGAGGACCCCCGGGGGCGUACCCCUCUGGAACUGGCUGUGUCCCUGGGGAACUUGGAGUCCGUGAGAGUCCUCCUUCGACACAAUGCCAAUGUGGGCAAAGAAAGCUGCCAGGGCUGGGCAGUGCUGCAGGAGGCAGUCAGCACUGGGGACCCGGAGAUGGUGCAGCUGGUGCUCCAGUAUCGGGACUACCAAAGGGCCACACAGAGGCUGGCUGGCAUUCCAGAAUUGCUCAACAAACUCCGCCAGGCCCCCGAUUUCUACGUGGAGAUGAAGUGGGAGUUCACCAGCUGGGUGCCCCUCGUGUCCAAGAUGUGCCCCAGCGACGUGUACCGCGUGUGGAAGCGGGGCGAGAGCCUGCGGGUGGACACCAGUCUCCUGGGCUUCGAGCACAUGACCUGGCAGCGCGGCCGGAGGAGCUUCAUCUUUAAGGGCCAGGAGGCAGGAGCCUUGGUGAUGGAAGUGGACCAUGACCGGCAGGUGGUGCACACGGAAACGCUGGGGCUCGCCCUACAUGAGCCAGAAGCGCUGCUGGCCGCCAUGCGGCCCAGUGAGGAGCACGUGGCCAGUCGCCUCACCUCUCCUAUUGUCUCCACCCACUUGGACACUCGAAACGUGGCCUUUGAGAGGAACAAAUGUGGUAUCUGGGGCUGGCGGUCUGAGAAGAUGGAAACCGUUAGCGGCUACGAGGCCAAGGUGUACAGUGCCACCAACGUGGAGCUGGUGACACGCACACGCACGGAGCACCUCUCUGAUCAGGACAAGUCGAGGAGCAAAGGGGGGAAGACUCCGUUCCAGUCCUUCCUCGGGAUGGCCCAGCAGCACUCCUCCCACAACGGGGCUCCUGUGCAGCAGGCAGCCAGCCCCACCAACCCCACAGCCAUCUCCCCCGACGAGUACUUCGACCCCAACUUCAGCCUGGAGUCGAGGAACAUUGGCCGCCCCAUCGAGAUGUCCAGCAAAGUACAGAGGUUCAAGGCAACAUUGUGGCUGAGUGAGGAGCACCCGCUCUCCCUGGGUGACCAGGUGACGCCCAUCAUCGACCUGAUGGCCAUCAGCAACGCUCACUUUGCCAAGCUGCGAGACUUCAUCACCCUGCGCCUCCCACCUGGCUUCCCGGUCAAGAUUGAGAUCCCCCUUUUCCACGUGCUCAACGCCCGCAUCACCUUCAGCAACCUGUGUGGCUGUGACGAGCCCCUGAGCUCAGUGUGGGUGCCGGCCCCUGGCUCGGCUGUCACAGCUUCAGGGAGCCCUUUCCCGUGCGAGGUGGACCCCGCCGUGUUCGAGGUGCCCGAAGGGUACAGUGUGCUGGGCGCGGAGCGCAGUGAGCCCCUCCGUGACGAGGACGAUGACCUGCUGCAGUUUGCCAUCCAGCAGAGCCUGCUCGAGGCGGGCGCGGAGGCGGAGCAGGUGACUGUCUGGGAAGCCCUGACCACCACCGGGCCUGGUGCCCACCCUCCUCCCCACGUCACGGCUUAUGAGGAACAGCUUCAGCUGGAGCGGGCCCUCCAGGAAAGCCUGCGGAUGUCCACCGAGCCCCGGGGCCCGGGAUCCCCGCAUAGGACGCCCCCGGCCCUGGCCCCCCCCAGUUUUGAGGAGCAGCUUCGCCUGGCCCUGGAGUUGUCCUCACGGGAGCAGGAGGAGCGGGAGCGACGGGGGCAGCAGGAGGAGGAGGACUUACAGCGGAUCCUGCAGCUGUCACUCACGGAGCACUGAGCCCCGAGGCCCGGCCCGGGAGGGCUGUCCGGCUGCACCCCCUCCCGCUUUUGUAACUUAUUUAUUUAUAAACUGUCUGCUGCUGCGCUGGGGGCCUGGAGCCCUGGGGGCGGGCUUGCGUUAGAGACCAAGAUGGAAAUAAAGAGACCUUCAGCAGCAGGCUUGCUCUGCUCAAUGGGGGUAGUAAGGUGCCCCCCCCCAUUAAGGCCUGAUUGUCUGAUCUUCCCCAAAACCUGUCUGUCCAGUCCUGCGUCCCUAGGUCCCAAGGGGGGCGCUGAGGGGAGACUGUGGAUGAUGGCCUCAGACCUGGGUUCGAAUCCUGGCCAUGGCCCCCUUAGCCUCUCUGAGCCUCAGUUUUGUCAGCUGUAAAAUUACACCCCCGUCCCCCAGGGUUGUUGGGACGGUCGAAUGAGCCAAGAGGUGUGAAGGGCCCUCACAGAGCAGGUGUUCCCUAGACAUCAGUGCUCCGGAGCCCUGUCCCACCUCCUAGAGACCGUCGUUCCUCCUGCCCCCCAGGCUGGCUUUCCCAGAACCCCUCCGCGCUCCUGUCGCGGAUGGGGAAAGGCUGGGCCUCCAGAUCUACUUACAGCCAGAGCCCCUUGCACCCUGGACCUAGGUUCCUUGGGCGUGUUCUCGGGUAUCAGAGUGACUUUGGGCAAGUCACUUCCUUUGGCAGCAGCUCUGAACUGCGCAGCCCUGCCCUGCUCACCUCCAAGGCGGUGGCCCUGAGGAUCCCCUGG